UGAAAUCAAUAACGGGAGUACUGUAUUUUCACAGCCACACAGAUGAACUCAAAGCUCAUUUUGACUGCACUCGCGCUUCCACUGGUGGCGGUGGCGGUGGCGGUGGCUUUCGCCACCACCGGCCUCUUCACCCCGCCGCCCGUACGAGGCUCGCACGAUGUUCUCCACCUCGCCGAGAGGAUCCACCUCCCUGGAGCCGUCGGGCCGGAGAGCCUGGUCUUCGAUCCAAGCGGCGGAGGCCCUUACACCGGCGUCGCCGACGGCCGCAUUCUGAAAUGGAACGGUAAAAAUUGGUUGGAAUUCUCCGUCACCUCAUCCCAAAGGGAAGAAUGUUCUGAGGCAUUCAAUCCAACAAUGGAACACGUAUGCGGAAGACCAUUGGGAUUAAGAUUUCACCGGAAAAGUGGAGAUCUUUACAUUGCCGAUGCAUAUCUAGGGCUCCAAGUAGUUGGUCCACGAGGAGGAAUGGCUUCUCCGCUAGUAACACAUGUACACGGCAACAAAUUUCUCUUCACAAACGACAUUGAUAUCGAUGAGGAAGACAAUGCAAUUUACUUCACAGAUUCCAGUACAGUUUUCCACAGAAGGGAAUUCAUGCCGUCAAUUCUAACCAUGGACAAGACUGGCAAGCUAAUGAAGUAUGAUAUAUCGAGCAAACAAGUGACGAUUUUGCUGCAAGGACUUGCUUUUGCCAACGGUGUGGCACUAAGUAAAGAUCGCUCUUUCGUGUUAGUGGCAGAAACAACUAACCGGAGAAUCCUCAGGUAUUGGCUUCAAGGCCCUAAUAUCGGAAAACACGACACCUUCGUUGAGCUACCUGGUUUGCCCGACAACGUUAGAAGAAACCAAGAAGGGGAGUUUUGGGUUGCUCUGCACUCGAAAACGGGGCUUCUUACAAAAUGGGCAAUUUCUUAUUCAUGGUUCGGAAGUACUAUGUUGAAGCUGUCUCUCAACUUCAAGCAACUGCAUUACUUUUUAGUCGGGGGAAAGCCUCACGCAACUGCAAUAAAGCUGAGCAGUGAGGGGAAAAUAUUGCAGGUUCUGGAAGAUUUAGAAGGGACGACUUUGAGGUUUAUCAGCGAAGUGGAGGAAAGAAACGGUAAGCUCUGGAUUUCUUCUGUGCUUAUGCCUUACAUAGGAAUUUACACCUUGCAAUAAUGAAUCACCAUUUUUUCAUUCUAGAUGAUAUUAGAUUUGCUAGGCUUUUAUCAUCACUUAGCAUUAUCAUCGCCCUCGUUCGAGUACCCCUUGUUCAUAUGUAUUGUGUAAUAUUUGUAAUCAAUUGUUCGGUAAUAAUGAUUAUAUUUCAUCGUUUAUAAAAUGCUCGAUAGUUUCGAA